GACAACAACCACACGCCUUGCCCGCCACUCACCCUUCUACACGCUCUGUAUACGCCCAGUUCUUGUCCAUUGACCCUCGGAAGUCUCUGCCACCCAGAAUUGCGAUGAUGAUGACCACCGGCGCGCUGUCAGAAGACGGCAUUCAUGUCGACAUGAACCACCUCAAGAAGGGUGAGGUCAACCUCGGAACAUCCAUCAUGGCCAUCAACUUCAAAGACGGUGUCAUAUUAGCCGCCGACAGCAGGACGACGACUGGAGCAUACAUCGCAAACCGAGUCACGGACAAACUCACACAAGUUCACGACACCAUCUGGUGCUGCAGAUCCGGCUCGGCAGCCGACACACAGGCGGUGGCCGACAUUGUCCAAUACCACCUGGGCAUGUACGGCACCACCAACGACGAGCCCCCGACUACACAGACGGCAGCAGCGCUGUUCCAAGAACUUUGCUACUCCAACAAAGACCAACUCUCUGCCGGACUGAUCAUUGCCGGAUGGGACCACCGCCACGGCGGCCAAGUCUAUUCGAUCCCCCUGGGAGGCUCCCUUCACAAGCAAUCAUAUGCGAUUGGCGGUUCAGGAUCAACAUACAUCUACGGUUACUGCGACGCAAACUGGAGGGAGAACAUGAGUGAGGAGGAAGGUAUCAAGUUCGUCAAGGGCGCACUCGCAGAGGCAAUCAAGUGGGACGGCAGCUCGGGAGGUGUCAUCCGCAUGGUUGUGCUCACGGGCAAGGGCGCACAGAGGCAUUUGUACCUCCCCGACCAGAACUACGAGGGCCCAGGCAGGCAGUAAAGUCGGGUGUGUGUGAGAAUGCUGGCUGAUGCAUAGACAAGCAUGUAUGAUAUGACACGACCCGACCCGACGAUGAUGUCGGAACGAGCUACAUGAAACAAAAAGGACGCGGACAGCAAAAUAAAGUGACUGUGAGAUCAGCAGACGUGAAGUAUGUAGCAAUGUUUGGUUAGACAAGCA